UGCAAAGCUGAGUCUGUCCUCCAGCCCGGGCUCACUUCCAUCUUAGAGAUGUUUGGCCUCUUCCCUCCCAGACAGCCCGCCUUCAAAACCAAGACUGCUGGACCAGCACCUGGCCCCCGUUCCCUCCAUGGAGACGCCACUUCCCUCUAACCCACUUCUGUCUGACUCUUGAUCCUCUCCCUGGGUUGGAAACUGCUCACUUUCCUUCCAAAUUAAUCCCCGACCCCCCAAAAUAUUGGCAACUUUGAUACCUCCGUCAACCAGGAGCCAGACUUCCUUUGGACUAACCUCCUUAGCCAUAUGAUGGAGGCUGUGUACCUGGUGGUGAAUGGUGUGGGCCUAGUGCUGGACGUGCUGACCUUGGUGUUGGACCUCAACUUCCUGCUGGUGUCCUCCCUCCUUGCUUCCCUGGCCUGGCUCCUGGCCUUCAUCUACAACCUGCCACACACGGUACUGACUAGUCUUCUGCACUUGGGUCGCGGGGUCCUGCUUUCACUGCUGGCCUUGAUCGAAGCCUUGGUCCGUUUCACCUGUGGGAGCUUGCAGGCCUUGUGUACCCUGCUGUACAGCUGUUGCUCUGGCCUGGAGAGUUUAAAGCUCCUGGGACACCUAGCCUCUCAUGGGGCACUAAGGAGCCGGGAUAUACUACACCGGGGCGUCCUCAAUGUGGUCUCCAAUGGCCAUGCUUUGCUGCGCCAGGCCUGUGACAUCUGUACCAUCGCUAUGAGCCUGGUGGCCUAUGUAAUCAACAGCCUGGUCAACAUUUGCCUCAUUGGCACUCAGAACCUCUUCUCCCUGGUGCUGGCCCUAUGGGAUGCAGUCAUGGGGCCGCUGUGGAGGAUGACAGAUGUUAUGGCUGCUUUCCUAGCUCACAUUUCCAGCAGCGCUGUGGCCAUGGCCAUCCUCCUCUGGACUCCCUGCCAACUAGCACUGGAGCUCCUGGCCUCAGCUGCCCGCCUCCUGGCCAGCUUUGUGCUUGUCAGUCUCACCGGCUUGGUGCUACUGGCUUGUGUGCUGGCAGUGACGGUGACUGUGUUGCACCCAGACCUUACCAUGAGGCUGGCCACACGGGCACUCAGUCAGCUCCAUGCCCGGCCAUCCUACCACCAGCUCCGAGAGGAUGUUGUGCGACUGUCUCGCCUAGCACUGGGCUUGGAGGCCUGGCGCCAAGUCUGGAGCAGAGUCUGGAGCCGCAGCCUCCAGCUGGCGAGUUGGCCAAACAGGGCAGGGGCACCUGGGGCCCCUCGGGGUGGCCCUAGAAGGGUGCCCUCAGCCAGGACCUGGCGACAGGACACUCCUCCUGAAGCAGGGCCCAGAUCAGAGGCAGAAGAGGAGGAAGUCAGGAUGGCCAGAGUGACUGCUGCCUGGGGCCGGGAGAGGCUCAAUGAGGAGUCUAUAGCUGGGCAAGACCCAUGGAAGUUGCUGAAGGAGCAAGAGGAGCGGAAGAAGUGUGUCAUCUGCCAGGACCAGAGCAAGACGGUGCUGCUUCUCCCUUGUCGGCACCUGUGCCUGUGCCAGGCCUGUACUGAAAUCCUGAUGCGCCAUCCCAUCUACCACCGCAACUGUCCACUCUGCCGCAGGGGCAUUCUGCAGACCCUCAAUGUCUACCUCUGAAAACUGCCUGCCUGCCCACCUCUCCAGCUCCAUGCUCCAUACAGCCACCUGUACUAGGACAACAUUAACACUUGAUACCCGGGCCUGGCCUGAAUCUCCUCCUGCCCCCAUGGCUGUCAUUCCAAGCCCCCAAGCCAUACACCCAGGACAUUGCAAUGGGAUACUCGGGAAGACUGUGACCUGGGUGGGGACAGGGUAACAGCUUCUCUUUACCUAGUGGGUCCCUGCGAUUCUGAGGGUGGUGAGUGUUGCUAUGCAAGACCCUGAGACUGUUUGCUGUGGACUCCCCUCCAGCUUGCCAGGGCCCACCCAGAUGCCAGCCUCGGGGGUUCCCUGUCUCUGCUUCUGGUUUUUCUGUUGGGGAUUUGCAGGUCCUCUCCUCUCCCUGCCCCCUCCCCCUUGUUUCCCCAGUUUGUGCAGCCACAACACAUCAGUGUCAUUUGAGUGUUUUGGCAACUCAAGGGCCUUGGAAUGAUCUUGAACCUCUACUUUCAGUCACAACUAUCGCUUGGUAGGUUUUGGGGGUAGUAUCUCAGGUGCCUUCAGAACUAACACUUCUCCCUGUCGUAAUCUUACAAGGCUCCUUCCCAACCUGAUCCAACAGCUGGGAUCAAGAGUUUACCCCUGGGGGGUGGAGGGGUGGGGUGUCUGCACCUGGCUCUGGGACCAUGUACCCUCUGGCACCCCAGCUCCACUAGGAGCCUCAGGAGAGAGAACCAGAUUUCUACUCAUAUCCCUUUCACUCCCCAUAUCAAAAUGACAUUCCCCUUCUAUUUGCGUCUCCCUGGCAUUGGUGAGGGCAGACUGUGCACAUCACUAGGGUCCAAACAAAGUAGGGGCCAGGGCCUAGGGGCGUGCAGUUCCCUGAGGGGUCUCUCUGGCUCGGUUUCCAGUGAAUAAAGUUCUGUUGAUAGUUC